CGGCUCUCGACCAAAAACUUCGAAAAUCUGUCAAUCCCAUAGAUCGCCGGAGUUCAAUCCGAUAUUGACGGCGGAAGAAUGACGAAGAAAGCUGUGCUGAUCGGCUGCAACUAUCCGGGAACCAAGGCGGAGCUGAAAGGUUGCGUGAACGACGUGCGACGAGUCCAUCGAUGCCUGGUAGAUCGCUACGGCUUCAAGGAGAGUGACAUCAAGAUACUGAUCGACACUGACACCGCCUACACCCAACCCACCGGAGCAAACAUCCGGCGAGCCAUCACCAACCUUGUUCACUCCGCGGAACCCGGCGAUUACCUCUUUGUGCCCUACAGCGGACACGGAACACGAUUACCGGCUGAGACUGGAGAAGAUGACGAUACCGGUUAUGACGAGUGUAUCGUUCCCUGUGAUAUGAAUCUCAUUACUGAUGAUGAUUUCAGGCUGUUUGUGGAGGGACUCCCUGAAGGCUGCAGGUUGACGAUCAUCUCCGACUCCUGCCACAGUGGUGGCCUCAUCGAAAACACAAAGGAGCAGAUUGGCGAGAGCACGAAGCGUGAUGACGAUGAUGAUGAUGAUGAAUCUGGCUCCGUGUUCAGUCUCUCAUCCUUCCUCAAAAAAACCGUCAAGCGUAAAGUAAAGAGUGCACUCAAAUCCCGUGGAAUUGAUAGCCAUUACACCCAUCGUGACCAUCACUAUCAUGAAGCCGAUGAUGAAGAGGACGAUGACGACGACACCAAUGAACCUGAGCACUCCAUCAUCAAGAACCGAUCCCUCCCUCUCCCCAUCCUGAUCGAGAUCCUGAAGCAGAAAACUGGCAACGAAAACAUUGAUGUGGGAAACAUCAGACCGACUCUCUUUGAUAUGUUCGGCGAGGAUGCCAGCCCUAAAGUGAAGAAAUUCAUGAAGGUGGUACUGCAAAAGUUACGUCGUCAUGGAAGCCACGGCGGUGAGGGUGACAACGAGGGUGGAUUCCUCGGCUUCGUUGGAGGCCUUGCAGUGCAAUUCAUGAAGCACAAGCUGGAGGAGAAUGAUGAAAACUAUGUGAAGCCGGCCAUGGAAACCAGAGUUUACAGAAAAGAAGAGGUUUAUGCUGGAACGAAGCAGGGAAAGCUUCCUCAUAAUGGAAUUCUGAUCAGUGGAUGUCAGUCUGAUCAGACCUCAGCAGAUGCUAACCCUACAGGGAAUAGUGAGGGUGCCUAUGGGGCUCUGAGCAAUUCAAUCCAGGCCAUUCUUUCUCAGAUCAACGGCGGUAUAAGUAACCGGGAGCUCGUGCUUGGUGCGAGGAAGAUGCUGUCGAAGCAGGGAUUCAAGCAGCGGCCUGGACUUUACUGCAAUGAUGAUGUUGUUGAUGAGCCAUUUAUCUGCUCCUAGAGGUAUUUUAUGAUCUUCCUAUAUAUGAACUUUAGUUGUGUUCCUGAAUGCUUUUUUCUGCUGUUAGAAGAAGGGAUUUGAGGGAUUUUGUUUUGUUAUGAGUCCAUAAAAUUUAUGAAUAAAAAGAGAAUGAAUGGGUCUUUAAACAUUCUUAAA